AUAUAUAUAUAUAUAGAUACAUAUACAUACACACAUAUUUGUAUGUGUCUGAUUGUUUUGUUCGAUCAUGUCAUAUGCUAUCAGGUAAAGAAAGGACAAAAUUUGUGUAAAACCGUAAAAGAAUUUGGUUUAUAAGCUAAAGUUGUGCAAGUAUUUGGAGUCGAUUUGUUGUAGGUGUUAGCUCUUUCUUCUUCUAUGAACAGGUGAAGCUUUUGGCCCAUACGAACCCUUAGUCGGUGUUUCCUGAUUGGGGAAGGUUAGGUGGACAGAUGUAAGAGUGAAUUCCAGCAAAGGGAAAGCUGAGAUGCUAAUUUGGGCCUCGUUUUGAUAGUAAUUCGUAGUUUUUGAUUCGGUUCCCUGAGUCAACCUCUGGUUUCUUCGCCGGUUAACCUGAAAACAACGAGUUUUGACUCUGUUUCCGGCACUAAUUUGUAGUCAGAAAGUGGUUUUGUAAAUAUGGUAAAAAGAUGCAAAUUCUUGGUCUUCUAGCAUUUUCAUAGCUUCUGAUGCUGGAAUUUGACCCAUAAAUUCUCCAGCUUUCUUUUAGUUGGUAAUCUGUACCAAGGAAUACGGAUACAGCCACUGGCCUGAGGAUUUGGUGUUUGGGUUGGGUCCUUGGCAUCCCCUUUUUCUUUUUUCAUUAACAAUCAGUGUCUGGGUCAGCUUGUUCGCAUCUUUGACUAAUUCUGUAGAUGAAUUGGUGGGCCGGAUAAAAUGAGAUAAGAUAGAAUAAAAACUUUUGUUGUCCGCACGUGGUGCCACAUUUAGACCGCAGAGCACAUGAGUGACCGGUGGACAAAAGGAGACAGGACAUGACCGACCGGUGUGGCAUUUUUUUUACUCGAUCAAAAUGAGAUGGAAUAAACAAAAUCAGGAAAAUUGAACAAGAUUGGUAAAUUACUAAACUGUCUUGUCAAAUUAAAACUAUGAAAUCUUUAUACAUUUCUACCUCACUCAGGCCCGUCUAGUCCGGUCUACAUCCCAAUAUACCUCUAGGAGACUCCAAUUCCUAGCCUUUAUUUGUCUUUUUAGUUGGUCUUUUUCAUCCUAUUCCGUUAGUUUUGCACUUGACGGACUCGUGCUUGACGUUUUCUGUCUAUUUUUUAGAUUUUGGGAUAUAAAAACUAGGCAUAAAUCAGAUUAUAGUGUGGACAUUCAGACAUAAAUAUAACUCUGUUUCCAGAAACAGAGUUAUACUUUAACCUUGUAGACUUGAACCGUAGCGUCUCAAAUUUAAAUUUGAUGUAGUAAUUUGCUACAGAUAUAAGAUAAUUGUGUUUCUGUUCAUAAUGGUUCUUUCAAGUUCAAGCAGAAAUCUUGAUUCUUGAAAAUGAAGAACAACAAGCAUAUUGCCUUUUCAUGUUUAAAAAUCACCACUUUGACUAUCAAAAGUCAACUCCAGCUCCAUUUCAUGAGGGUGCCUUUGGUACGCAAAUGGGUCGGGCUUGAUGGGCGAGAUUGAGGUGGGUGGUUUUCAAUUUGACAUGGGUACUUUAGUAAUUUACUAAUCUUGUCCAAUGUCUAUGAUUAUGUUCCACCUAUUUGGGUGAGACAAAAGAUGCGUUCUUUAUCCCACUCAAUCAUGUUCUGACUCAGUCUUAAUGGUGCACAUCGAACGUAGGACAUCAAUUUUUGUCCAAUCCCGUUCUGCGUACCAAACACACCCCAAACAAAGAGGUAUGCGUUGACCUCCUAGAGUCAAACCAGUGUGUUUUGAUAUGAAUUUGAUAUAGAAAUUAGUAAGAAGUGUAGCAUAACAUAUUGAUUUCUGGUAGUUCUAUCAAAGUUCAAUCAUCAAUCUUAUUUUUAUUUUUUGCAAAAACGAAGAACAUCCAUAUGAUCUUAAUGACCAAAAACACUCGGUUUGACUGUAAAAUAGUCAACACCACCUCUGUUUCAUAAUGAUCUCCAUUUCACUCCUCUUCUUUCUUUAAACAUUUUGCAGGUCUCUAUACCGUCUGAUCCCAAGAGUAGAAAAGGCGUCGUCAGUCUCAUUACCCUCGCAACUUUCAUUUGUGGUUUUUAUUUCCUCGGGACUGCAUUCUUUGCAAAUGACUUCAAAAUUCUGCAAAGAUCAGAAAUGGAAUUGAAGGAUGCAGGAAACCGUACCAUAUCUGCAAAAUGCAAGGCCUCCAGGAAGCGGUGGUUUGCCCGAAGGAAUUCUUGCCAAAACUUCUGACUUGCAUAUGCGCCCCUUGUGGGGUUCAUUUAACGAUAGUGUGAGGCAAUUCACAUUUGUUUUCGCUACCUUCACUGUCUCGUUGAAAAUGCAACAUCUUUUUGUAGAAAGCCUUUAUAUUGAAAUUACGUAUUUGCCCUUUAUUGACAUCAUAUUAAUCAAACAAGCGGUUUGGAGUUUAAAGGAAUUGAGUAAUUAUGUCUUUCGUUGGUCUUAUAUAUAUUAUGAACCUUUCUUUUUUCAGAACCAUUCAAACCGUUCUGUGAGUUUGCUGGCGAUUGCAGCUGGAAUAAAGCAAAAGUAUCUCGUUAAUAAAAUUAUAACAAAGUUUUUAGAAAAUGGCUUUGUUGUAAUGGUCUUUCAUUAUGAUGGCUUUGUUGAUCAAUGGUAUGAUCUACAAUGGGCUAGUAAUGUCAUUCACGUUUCUGCGAUGAACCAAACGAAGUGGUGGUUUGCUAAGCGUUUCUUGCACCCAGACAUAGUUGCGGAGUAUGAUUACGUGUUUCUUUGGGAUGAAGAUCUUGAUAUCGAACAUUUUGAUCCAGGCCGGUAUGUAUCAAUUAUCAAGGAGGAAGAACUUGACAUAUCGCAGCCAGCACUUGAUCCCGGAAAGUCAGAGGUUCAUCAUCAAAUUACUGUACGCCGAAGGAACUCAAAAGUUCACAGGAAGUAUAUUAAGCUAAAAGGCGGUGGAAGGUGUUAUGACAACAGCACAGGUCCUCCAUGCUUCGGUUGGGUAGAAAUGAUGGCUCCUGUGUUCUCAAAGGCUGCAUGGCGAUGUGCAUGGUAUCUGAUUCAGAAUGAUCUGAUUCAUGGAUGGGGGAUCGAUUUUCAGCUCGGCUAUUGUGCUCAGGGCGACCGAAAGCAAAAGGUUGGCGUGGUUGAUGCUGAAUACAUAGUUCAUCUGGGUGUCCCUUCUCUUGGUGGUUUAAACCAUGCGAGCAAUCAUGAGUCACUUAUUGAUCAUGUAAAUGCAAAAAAUUCUACGAUAGAUACAAAUAAUCGUGUAACACUGUCGAACAAUAGCGAUGUCCAUACAGCUGAUGGUAGAUCUGAGGUGAGGAGACAGUCGUAUACGGAAAUGCGUAUCUUUCGGCGUAGAUGGGAUGAGGCAGUUAAAACCGACAAAUGUUGGGUUGAUCGAUAUGCAGAUCAUGACAGAUCAAAGAAGAAAUGUGUUUCGGGAGCUUGUUAAUUUACAUCUAUACGAACUCAUAAGGUAGCUCUACCCUACCCAUUCAUGAUUCUUUGAACAACAUUUACAACUCGAAAUCAUUCAUCCUGGUCGAGACGUACGGUGAUAACUUAAAAAGAAGUGGAUUGUGUUUAUAUAUACACACACAUAUAUGUAAUUGUAAGGGGAGGUUCCCGGGGACAGCAAAAAAAUGAAAAACUGAGAACACCCACCGUUUAUCUGAACGGCAUGUACAUGUGCAUACAAGUAAUUUGUAAGCAAUUUUUCUGGUAUAUAAGAAACCAAGAAACAACUUCAAUUACUACCGUCCAGAUGAACGGUCACGAGAUUGUUCUUAGUUUUUUGUUUUUUACGGUUUUUCCGAAAACCCGACCCUGUAAUUGUAUGUAUAUUAAAUUUUUUGGGUAGUUUUGAAGCAAGUUGGGAGACGUGUAUUUUUUGUUAUAUUGAUAUGAAUUUUUCAUUCCUAAUAAACGGCGUUUGAAAUUGAUCACUGUUAA